AGCGUUGCCGAGUGAGGAUGUUCCUAUUGAUCGUCGCGCAAGAAAGCCUCGAACACCCGGUAUUGAAGUGAAAAGUGUAGGAAAAAGAAGGUGAAAUUAAAAAUAUCGUAACAAAACUGUACAGAAGAUCAUUUCCCUACUGUGGGUGAUUGAUGUGUUGUUGCAACGGGAAGGCCGAGCAGUUUUUUCCCGCAGGAAAAGUCUGGACAACGUAAAAUUUCUAGCUGGUCAACGGUGGGAAGAACUCCUCGUUUUCUGGACAGAGUAAUUUAAGUGACAAGUAUUUUAGUGACAACAAGAGUGUAAGGAAGGAGGGAAGAAAAUAGAGAAUAUUUCCUUUUCCAUUGCUUCCUAAACGAUGACGACUGACAUUUCCGUGGUCCGGUGGGACCCAAGCCAGGGACCGGGAAAUGAAUUUAUCGAAGAUAUCGAAUACGACGGAGGAAACUCCAGCUCACGUUUAUUCGAACGAUCACGCAUUAAGGCGUUAGCGGAGGAACGUGAAAGUGUCCAGAAAAAGACAUUCACAAAAUGGGUCAACUCGCACCUGGUGCGAGUGAACAGUCCGAUCAAAGAUUUGUACGUGGACAUGCGCGAUGGCAAGAACUUGAUCAAGUUGCUGGAAGUGCUAUCCGGCGAGCGAUUGCCACGUCCGACCAAGGGCAAGAUGCGUAUCCACUGCCUGGAGAACGUGGACAAGGCGUUGCAGUUUCUUCGCGAACAGCGCGUCCACCUGGAGAACAUCGGUUCCCACGAUAUCGUCGAUGGCAAUGCAAGUCUAAACUUGGGUUUGAUCUGGACAAUCAUUCUACGCUUCCAGAUUCAAGACAUUACCAUUGAGGAAACCGACAACAAAGAGACCAAAUCUGCGAAGGAUGCACUGCUGCUGUGGUGUCAGAUGAAGACGGCAGGCUACCACAAUGUGAACGUGCGCAAUUUCACCACCUCGUGGCGCGAUGGUUUGGCGUUCAACGCUAUCAUACACAAACAUCGGCCGGAUUUGAUACAGUUCGACAAGCUGUCGAAGACAAACCCGAUCCAGAACCUUAAUAACGCGUUCAACGUGGCCGAGGAGAAACUGGGUCUGACGAAGCUGCUCGACGCAGAGGACAUCUUCGUCGACCAUCCGGAUGAAAAAUCGAUCAUCACCUACGUAGUGACGUACUAUCAUUAUUUCAGCAAGCUGAAGCAGGAGACGGUGCAGGGCAAGCGUAUCGGUAAGGUGGUCGGCAUCGCGAUGGACAACGAUCGUAUGAUCAGCGAGUACGAGUCACUGACGAGUGAGCUGCUGAAAUGGAUUGAGGUGACAAUCGUGCAGCUGGGCGAUCGGCACUUUGUCAAUUCGCUGGUCGGCGUCCAGCAGCAGCUGGCUCAAUUCGCAAACUAUCGCACGGUCGAGAAGCCGCCAAAGUUCGUCGAGAAGGGCAACCUCGAGGUGUUGUUGUUUACACUCCAGUCGAAGAUGCGGGCCAACAAUCAGAAGCCGUACACUCCGAAAGAGGGCAAGAUGAUUUCGGACAUUAACAAGGCCUGGGAGCGCCUGGAGAAGGCUGAACACGAGCGUGAGCUUGCACUACGCGAAGAACUCAUCCGGCAGGAGAAGCUGGAACAGCUGGCGGCCCGAUUUAACCGCAAGGCGACGAUGCGCGAGACCUGGCUUUCGGAGAACCAGCGGCUGGUGAGCACGGACAAUUUCGGAUUCGACCUGGCAGCCGUCGAGGCGGCAGCGAAAAAGCACGAAGCCAUCGAAACCGAUAUUUUCGCCUACGAGGAGCGCGUGCAAGCCGUGGUGGCCGUGUGUAACGAGCUGGAAGCGGAGAAGUAUCACGACAUCGAGCGCAUCGCCGCACGGAAGGACAAUGUGCUGCGUUUAUGGAACUAUCUGCUGGAGCUGCUGCGUGCGCGCCGCAUGCGUCUGGAGUUCUCGAUCCAGCUGCAGCAGAACUUCCAAGAAAUGAUCUACAUCCUGGACUCGAUGGAGGAAAUCAAGCAACGCCUACUGACCGACGACUACGGCAAGCACCUGAUGGGCGUAGAGGAUCUACUUCAGAAACAUUCGCUUGUCGAGGCGGACAUCAACGUGCUGGGCGAUCGGGUGAAGCAGGUCGUACAGAACUCGCAGAAGUUCCUGGUCGACGAAGAAGACAACUACAAGCCGUGCGAUCCGUCGAUCAUUGUCGACCGAGUGCAGCGCCUGGAGGAUGCAUACGCAGAGCUGUGCAAGCUGGCCGUGGAACGUCGUUCGCGAUUGGAGGAGAGCCGCAAGCUGUGGCAGUUCUACUGGGAUAUGGCUGACGAAGAGAACUGGAUCAAGGAAAAGGAACACGUGGUGUCCACGGAUGAGAUCGGUCACGAUCUGACUACCGUCAACUUGUUGCUCUCUAAGCACAAGGCGCUCGAGUCCGAGAUUCAGUCGCAUGAACCGCAGCUGAUGGCCGUGAGCGAGGUAGGAGACGAGCUGGUGCGCCGCGGUCACUUCGGUGCCGAUCGCAUCGACGAGCGGCUGAAGGAAAUCUUGGCCAUGUGGAACCAUCUGCGUAACCUGACCGAGUACCGGCGCAAGCGACUGGAGAACGCGGUCGACUACUUCCAGCUAUUCGCUGAUGCGGACGAUAUCGACAACUGGAUGCUGGACGCGUUGCGUUUGGUUUCGUCCGAGGACGUGGGCCGCGACGAAGCAAACGUUCAGAGCCUGUUGAAGAAGCACAAAGAUGUGGCGGACGAGCUGAAGAGCUACGCCGAAACGAUCGAGCAGUUGCAUUCGCAGGCCGCCCGUCUUACGUUGAACGAAUCGGAGCAGGAGAAGGUUUCGGAGCGUCUAAAUGCCAUCGAUGCUCGCUACAAGGAGUUGAUGGAGCUGGCGAAGCUGCGCAAACAGCGUCUGCUGGACGCGUUGAGUCUGUACAAGCUGAUCUCCGAAAGCGACGGCGUAGAGCAGUGGAUCGGCGAGAAGGAGCGCAUGCUGCAGACGAUGGUCCCGGGCAAGGACAUCGAGGACGUGGAGAUCAUGAAGCACCGCUACGACGGGUUCGACAAAGAGAUGAACGCAAACGCGUCGCGAGUGGCCGUCGUUAACCAGCUCGCUCGCCAACUACUGCACGUCGAACACCCGAACUCGCAGGAGAUUCUCGAGAAGCAGAACCACCUGAACCAGGCAUGGUCAAAGCUGCGGGACCAGGCCGAAAGCAAGCGGGACGAUCUGAAGUCGGCGCACGGCGUCCAGACGUUCUACAUUGAGUGCCGCGAGACGAUCUCCUGGAUCGAGGACAAGAAGCGUAUCCUCACGGAGACCGACAGCCUGCAGAUGGACCUGACCGGUGUGAUGACGCUACAGCGUCGUCUGAGCGGCAUGGAACGCGAUCUAGCCGCCAUCCAGGCGAAGCUGACGGCACUCGAGAACGAGGCGGAUGCAAUCGAGGGUGAACAUCCGGAGGAGGCUGCCCUGAUUCGCGAGCGCGUCGCACAGAUUCAAAUUAUCUGGGAGCAGUUGACGCAGAUGCUGAAGGAACGCGAUUCGAAGCUGGAGGAGGCUGGCGACCUGCAUCGGUUCCUGCGCGACCUCGACCACUUCCAGGCAUGGCUGACCAAAACUCAGACCGACGUGGCGUCCGAGGAUACCCCGACAUCGCUGCCCGAGGCCGAGAAGCUGCUCAACCAGCACCAGAGCAUCCGGGAGGAGAUCGACAACUACACGGAGGACUACAAGAAGAUGAUGGAGUACGGCGAGGGCCUGACAUCGGAGCCAAACCAAACCGAGGACCCGCAGUACAUGUUCUUGCGCGAACGGCUAAAGGCCUUGAAGGAUGGUUGGGAGGAGCUGCACCAGAUGUGGGAGAACCGGCAGGUACUGCUUUCGCAGGGACUCGAUCAGCAGCUAUUCAACCGGGAUGCGCGCCAGGCCGAGGUGCUGCUUAGCCAGCAAGAGCAUGUGCUUAGCAAGGACGAUACUCCGGUAAAUCUGGAGCAGGCAGAAAACCAGCUGAAGCGCCACGAGGCGUUCCUCACCACCAUGGAGGCGAACGACGAGAAGUUCAAUACGAUCGUACAGGUGGCUGAUCAGAUGACCAGCAAGGAUCACUUCGAUGCGGACAAGAUUAGCAAACGCGCCGAAAGCAUCGCUCAUCGACGCGACGACAAUCGCAACCGAGCGCUCGAACUGCAUGAAAAGCUUAAGAACCAGGUGAAGCUGCACGAGUUCCUACAGGACAUCGAGGAGCUGACGGAAUGGGUGCAGGAGAAGUAUAUCACGGCACAGGACGAUACGUACCGCAGCGCGAAAACCGUUCACUCGAAAUGGACACGCCACCAGGCAUUCGAGGCUGAAAUUGCCGCCAACAAGGAACGGUUACACGAAGCGAAGAAGGCCGCCCAGGAGUUAAUGGUAGAGAAGCCCGAAUUCAAGGAGAUUAUCGAACCGAAGCUGACGGACUUGUCGAAGAACUUCGACGAGCUGGAGACGAGCACGAAGGAGAAGGGUGCUCUGCUGUUCGAUGCGAAGCGCGAGGUAAUCGUGCAGCAGAGCGUCGAUGACAUCGACUCGUGGAUGGACGAUCUCGAGAAGCAGAUCAUCAACACGGACACUGGCAACGAUCUGACGUCGGUGAACAUUCUCAUGCAGAAGCAGCAGAUCAUCCAGACGCAGAUGGCAGUAAAGGCACGCCAGGUCGAGGAGCUUGACAAGCAGACAGAAGUGCUGACUAAGACAGCCCCGCAAGACGUGGUUGAGCCGAUCGUGGAGAAGAAGCAGGCGGUCAAUGUGCGCUUCGAGAAGAUCAAGGCCCCGCUGCUGGAGCGUCAACGUCAGCUGGAGAAGAAGAAGGAAGCCUUCCAGUUCCGACGCGACGUCGAAGAUGAAAAACUGUGGAUUGACGAGAAGAUGCCGCUGGCCGAGUCGACCGAGUACGGCAACUCGCUGUUCAACGUUCACGUGCUGAAGAAGAAACACCAAUCGUUGAACACGGAAAUUGAUAACCACGAGCCGCGUAUCAUGACGAUCUGCAACAACGGUCAGAAGCUGAUCGACGAGGGUCAUGAGGAUGCCGGCCCGUACGCCGAUCUGAUCAGCCAGCUGACACAGAAGUGGCAGGAGCUGAAGGAUGCCGUGGAAAACCGCCACCGGCAGCUCGAUCAGUCGGAGAAGGUGCAGCAGUACUUCUUCGACGCGGCAGAGGCUGAGUCGUGGAUGAGUGAGCAAGAGCUGUACAUGAUGGUGGAGGAUCGUGGCAAGGAUGAGACGUCCGCGCAGAACCUGAUGAAGAAGCACGAAAGUUUGGAGCAGUCGGUGGAGGACUAUGCGGACACGAUUCGUCAGCUGGGCGAAACGGCCCGUCAGCUGACGACCGAACAGCACGCCUACAGCGAUCAGGUGUCGGUGAAACAGUCGCAGCUGGACAAACUGUACGCUGGGUUGAAGGACCUGGCGGGUGAACGUCGCGCACGACUCGACGAAGCCCUGCAGCUGUUCAUGUUGAGCCGUGAAGUGGACGACUUGGAGCAAUGGAUUACGGAGCGUGAGGUUGUUGCCGGUUCGCACGAGCUCGGCCAGGACUACGAUCACAUUACGCUGCUGUGGGAACGAUUCAACGAGUUUGCACAGGAUACGGCCACCGUGGGAAGCGAACGGGUCGCCAAAGCAAACGGUAUCGCGGACGAUCUGAUCCACGCUGGCCACUCGGAUAGUGCGACGAUCGCGGAGUGGAAGGAUGGGCUGAAUGAGGCAUGGCAAGACCUGCUUGAACUGAUCGAAACCCGCAAGGCCAUGCUAGCCGCUUCCCGCGAACUGCACAAGUUCUUCCACGACUGCAAAGACGUGCUGGGACGCAUCAAUGAGAAGCAGCACGGUGUGUCGGAGGAGCUGGGUCGUGAUGCUGGUGUUGUUUCGGCACUGCAGCGCAAGCACCAGAACUUCAUCCAGGAUCUGAUGACCCUGCACUCGCAGGUGCAGCAGAUACAGGAGGAAUCAGCCAAGUUGCAGGCGGCGUAUGCCGGUGAGAAGGCACGCGAAAUCACCAACCGCGAGCAUGAGGUGCUGAACGCCUGGGCUCACCUGCAAGGCAUGUGCGAGGAACGCCGUGGCAAGCUGGCCGACACGGGUGACCUGUUCAAGUUCUUCAAUAUGGUUCGCACACUCAUGUUGUGGAUGGAGGAUGUUGUGCGGCAGAUGAACACAUCGGAGAAGCCACGUGAUGUGUCCGGUGUCGAACUGCUGAUGAACAAUCACCAGAGUCUGAAGGCGGAAAUCGAUACGCGUGAGGACAACUUCAGCGCCUGCCUGGCGUUGGGUAAGGAGCUACUGUCGCGCAAUCACUACGCCUCGGCUGAUAUUAAGGAUCGGCUACUGCAGCUCACCAACAGCCGUAACGCCCUACUGCAUCGAUGGGAAGAACGUUGGGAGAAUUUGCAACUGAUUCUGGAAGUGUAUCAGUUUGCACGUGAUGCGGCCGUCGCUGAGGCAUGGCUUAUCGCACAGGAGCCGUAUCUGAUGUCUACCGAGCUGGGUCACACGAUCGACGAGGUGGAAAAUCUCAUCAAGAAGCAUGAAGCCUUCGAAAAGUCUGCUGCUGCCCAGGAGGAACGCUUUAGCGCAUUGGAGCGAUUGACAACGUUUGAGCUCAAAGAAAUGAAGCGUCGCCAAGAUGCAGCAGAGGAAGCGGAACGUCAGCAGCGUUUGGAAGCCGAGGCGGCUGCACGUGCCGCUGCCGAGGCUGAAGCGGAAGCAGCCCGCCAAGCAGAGGCUGCCGCUGCCCGUGAUUCCGCCGAUGCACCUGGAUCACCACAUUCCACCAAGGAGCAAGAGUCAGUCACUGCGGAGGCUCUCGUGUCGCGACGGCAUUCUGGCAUACCGAAGGAACGGUCCAGCAGCUCGGCUAGUGCGUCCGCCGGCGUUAAGGUCAGUCGACGGUCUCGCUCGAAGAGUCCUUUCCGUAGCUUCAGAUGGAAGCGCGCCAGUUCGAAGGCGGACGACGGAGCAUCGGAUGACGAAGAUCGUCCUAGUCCAGGUGGCGCAGAUGAUGGUGCUCAAGAGGGCAUUCUUACCAGGAAACACGAAUGGGAAUCAACCACAAAGAAAGCCUCGAACCGUUCCUGGGAUAAGGUGUACUGCGUGGCCCGUAGCGGUCGGUUAACGUUCUUCAAGGACCAGAAAUCGACGAAAUCCGUUCCGGAGCAGACGUUCCGUGGAGAACCACCACUAGAGCUGAAGGGAGCGCAGAUUGAGGUCGCCAGUGAUUACACCAAGAAGAAGCACGUGUUCAGAAUCAAACUUUCGAAUGGCGGCGAGUUCCUGCUCCAGUGCCACGACGACAGCGAGAUGCAGCAAUGGGUAACGGCUUUGAAAGCACAAUGCGAGCUUGACGCUAGCGGCGAAGGUCGUUCGCUGACGCUGCCCGCUUCCUCACAGAAGGAUGAACAGAAGAGACGGUCAUUCUUUACACUGAAGAAAAAUUAAGAAAGCUAAGAAAACAUACAUGAAUCAGUUAAACACUACUAUUGCAACCACAAUAAGUAUCACAACAUCAAAAACAAGUUAAACUAUCACCAUGAAAAAAAAAAGAUUUGCAAUCAAGCCACACAGGUCGCGCAGCAGUUGCAGCAGCACCAGCCAGCUAUGCGUGCAGCGCCAACCGGCAACUCCAAACCACCACAAACCUUCCCCGCCAAUUGGAUGUUCGAGUUUCGUUUCGUUUUGUUUGAUAUUCGCGCCAGUCCGUCGAAAACUCGUUUUACCCCGUGACGACGAUACAACUAAGACAAGGGGACACAUACGUCAUCCCGGCGACACAGUACUACGGUGGAUGCAUGCGCAGAGACAAGUCGGAACAAACUGUACCUAAAUUAUGGCAGUAGCAGAGUACAAUGCAAUGUAGCAAGCAGGAACAAAUUUGUAUUUACUACUUUUACUGAUCUUCAAGCUAUUGCGUGCUUGCCGUUGCGGCUAAAGGAGGAAAUAAAGGCACCAGUCACAUGGCAGUAUAAAAGAAAUCGCCACUACUUUUUGUGGUGGUUGAUUACUGUGCUAAAACAAAAUUCUACAAUGCACAUUGAGAAACGCGGAGGAUAAGCCACUAGGAACGCUUAGUUUUGGUCGGUAUAUUUAAGAAAUAUUGUUUUAUUUGUUGACCUGUUCUAGAGAACGAUAUUUUAUUUUGAUUUUUUCAAGUAUAUUUUAAAUUACUGACAUAGAAAUACUGCGAGAGUUAAUACGGCAAAGCAGAAAACAAAAAAAAAACAUCUACACCAACUCUGCCCAACCGACCGAAGACGCUAACCGAUAAGAUAUUCAUCGUUUAGACCUGACACAAGAGAAUAAAAAUUCGUGUUUCCUGUAGCAAAACAGGCCGAAAGAAAGAGAAGGCCACAGAAGCAGAAGCAAAAAGUGCUUGCAAAACAAAGGAUGUACGAUGUAAAACUGCACCGUUCUUUCUUCCUCACAAAGUAGCUGAAAAGUAAUAAUAGUAAUAGUUUAAAAAGAAAAUAAUCCCAAUACUAUUAAUGCAAAAACGUGUAACAUUGUCCAGAUAAAAACGCGAUUGAAAAAGAUUUACAAACUGAAGCGAAAGAACCAUAUUUGCAAAGAAAUAAGAGUGAAAAAAGAUUGUGUCGUACUUCUCCGGUUCAACACACGAGUAUGGUUAUAUUUAGUGCAAAUUUUCGAAGGGCCAGACGACCGACAAACGGAAGAAUGAGCGUAGCUGUAAUAAUCUAUUUAUUUAAACUGAUAACUUAUCACCAUGAAUCAAACAGCAACAAGAGCAGUCGCAUUAGUGUAACGAUAAGAGCAGCUACAAUCUGCUUAUGAGGAUA